GUGACCUGCGGCGGAACUCGGAGUUCAAAUGUUAUCGAAGUUAGCUACACCGUAAGCUAGCAGCUAGAAAAGCGAUCUCUAAAUAUUAGGGAAAUGUCAUCGACAGAAGAAAACACUGAGAUGGUUUUACCAUGUGUGCUUGUUACUAGCUGUGAUAGCGAGUUUAAAGAAGAAGAGCUGAUAAAACAAAUACUCAAUUCACAGACUUUGCCUCAGCCAUCAAAGCGAGAGGAAACGGUUGUUUGGUAUCCUUGGACCAUCAAUAACAAAUAUUAUAUGGCGGACGUGCAGCUGUGUGUGGUACCCAGCACAUAUCAAAUGUCUUCAGAGAUUGCCCAGUCCAUGCAGGCGUUUGUUGCUUACUUUGACAGUAAAGUGAAGGAUGGGUUGGAAAAGCUAAAUCCCUGGAUUCCUGUGGUGGAAGAUCUCAGCCCAGAGGUGCUAAUUCUCGUGUGCGACAGAGUCUGUGAAAACGGUGUCACUAGGCAUGAAGCACAACAGUGGUGUUUGUCUCAUGCGUUUGAGCUUGUGGAGAUCAAUCCACAGGAGCUACCAGAUGAGGAUGAUGACUUUCCAGAGUCCACAGGAGUAAAGAGAAUUAUUCAGGCUCUUAAUGCCAACGUGUGGUCCAGUGUGGAGAUGAAGGAUGGGCACAAUCAGGGUUUUGGUCUAAUGAGCAGUUUGGUUGCUUACAGACAUAACAACCCACGCCACAGCCAAGAUCAACCGUCCUGCAGCUUGCCAGCAGAGGGCACAUUCACUAAUGAUGAGGUCAACCUCACAGACAAUACUGCAAACCUAGACACACAGGAGGGCUCAGUGGUAGAUGCAAUGACCGAUUUAGACAUACAGGAACUCGCCAAUCUUACUGCUGGGGAUGCAGAUGCAGACAACUUUGAGCGCCUCUUUACUAAAUUAAAGGAGAUGAAAGAUAAAGCUUCAUCAUUACCACAUGAGCAGAGAAAGGUUCAUGCUGAAAAGGUGGCAAAAGCCUUUUGGAUGGCCAUUGGUGGUGAAGAAGAUGAAAUAGAUGGGUUAUCUUCAGGUGAAGACAGCUAAAAUCAGUUAUCAGUGACUUAGUUUUCGUCCCUCUGAUCCCAUCAUUUUUUCUGGGGUCCACAUGGUUUUCAGGGCCUGUGGAUGUCCUGGUCAUACUUGGAAAGUGGAUUUGCUUACAGAUGGCUCUGUAAGAAUAGUUGUGUGAGAUUCUGAGAAUGAAAUGAUGUAUGCUGAAAUACUGUUUAGAAGCCAUGAGUGGCCCCAGUCUUUACUGCUCUUCUCCUGGGUUCUUUAAUGUGCUUCAGCCCUGCGUGAUCCUCAAUGCACGGUUGUUAUGGAAGUCGAAAAAAAUAACACGGGACAUUUGAUUCAUAUAUACUUUUUUGUAGGUACUGUCAACGUGUAUGUUACAUAUGUGCCUUAUUCAUGAAAAAAGUCAAUGCACAUUCUGAGAAAUCAACAUGAUUUUUUUUUUUUUGUUUCAUAGUGACUUUAAUGUAUUUAUUGUGAACACUAUCUCACAAAAAGUGUGCAUACCGCUCAGUUUGGGUUAACCAAAUGAAAUUAUGCAGAAAUUGAAUAACUUGUCAGCAAAUAAAAUGAGUACAUGAAAUAAA